AUGAGUGUUCUCCUCGAAACCUCUCUGGGAGAUAUCGUCAUCGACCUGUUGACCGAGUCCUCUCCGAAGGCAUGUGAAAACUUCCUGAAGCUAUGCAAAAUCAAGUACUACAAUUUCUCGCCUGUCCAUAGCGUCCAAAAAGGCUUCUCCCUUCAGACGGGCGACCCGAUCGGCCCUGAUUCGUCGGAGAGCGAUGGCGGGAGCUCAAUAUGGGGGAUCCUCAACGGACCAUCGCAGAAGUACUACUCGAUAGGAUUCCCCCCCAAAUUAAAGCAUUCCGAGCUCGGAACCGUGAGCAUGGUGACACUUCGAUCUCCGAGCAAUCCAGAUGAACGGUUGGCAGGGAGCCAGUUUAUCAUAACGCUCGGUGACAACCUUGACUAUUUAAACGACAGGGCGGUGAUAUUCGGGAAGGUGGUCGAGGGGUUCGAUGUCCUCGAAAAGGUCAACACGGCUUUUAUUGACGACAAGGGACGACCGCUGAAAGACAUCCGUAUUCGACAUACAGUUGUGCUGGAUGACCCUUACGAUGACCCACCGGGUCUGCAAGAACCCCCAGAAAGCCCUCUCCCUUCCAAGGCCCAGCUAGCUACUGUCAUAAUUGCGGACGAUGAAGAUUUAGACCAAGAGAUAGAUGAAGAAGCGUUGGAAAAGAUGCGACGAGAACGCGAGGCGCAGGCACAAGCUUUGACUCUUGAAAUGGUUGGGGACCUUCCUUUCGCAGAAGUAAAGCCACCGGAAAACGUGCUAUUUGUUUGCAAACUCAACCCCGUCACACAAGACGACGAUUUAAAUCUUAUAUUCAGCCGUUUUGGCAAAAUUCUGUCAUGCGAGGUAAUACGAGAUAAGAAAACGGGCGACAGCCUACAAUAUGCAUUCAUCGAGUUUGAAAAUCAAAAAGACUGCGAGCAGGCCUACUUUAAGAUGCAGGGAGUCUUAAUUGACGACCACCGCAUUCACGUGGACUUUUCACAGAGUGUGUCGAAAUUAUCAGACACAUGGAGAACAGCCACGAAUGCGAAAAGAUCAGGUCAGAGGGGCGGGUUUGGAGGUAUAUCUACCUUGGAGAAGCGACGUCAGUAUCGUGCAGCAGACACGGGAGACCGUCGAAGCAAGUACGGAAUGGUCUUUGACAAGGACGAUAUACGCAAUAAAGGGCCAAGCUCGUCCGAGCCUCGCCGAAGGGAUCGCUCUCGAAGUCGGAGUCGAAGUCGAAGUCGAAGUCGAAGCCCUCCGCGGGGGAAGGGAGACAUGAGAGACGCAGGAGUCCUCGCCCCAGAUACGACGAACGGACUCACCACCGUUCACAGAGGCGGCGGUGAAGAGCAUCGACACAGAGCUGCCAUUUUGAAAUAUAUCUGUAUUAUUAACUUUCUCUACUGGGAUUGCGCUUAG